AAUCCCUUCAUUUGACAAACUUCACCUCUGAAGAUGCAGGCCUUAGCCGUGCCCCUGCAGGGCCUCAUCACUACGGUCAAGGACAACGCCAACGCCAUGGUUUUUAGCGUGCUUAUUUUUUCCUAUCAAGCUCUCGAGAAUGAGUUUCCAUGCUCUUGUAAACCAGAGCCUGGUUACUGCAGUUUAUACAUGACUGCUCCGUGUCUUGUCGUGACCGUGUUGAUGCUGUCGACGGACGUGCAGUUUCAGAGAGCGUGGAGAUACACAUGUUCGAAGGGAUCGUGUCAUUUCAGUGGCGUGUUGUUCCGUCGCCUGGUCAAGGCGUUGUGCGUGGGUCUGCUCUGGGUUGUGUCGGUGCUAAUCGAUGCCGAGUGGUUUGUUUGCUGUUGUAAUCCCAAUCCCAAGACGGUGGCAGAUUUACAAUGCAAAGCCAAGACUGACAUCACAAAUCCAUUUGUUGUGACCAUCAAUGACAUGAAACUGAAUUCAAUGAUGUAUGGCCUGGCUUUGCUCUUGGGUAUAAGUUUUGUUGGUGCCUUCUUGCUGUCGACCUGGACGAUCUGCGCCGAGGAAAGCUGCUGUCCGACAUGUUGCACGAGAAACAUUCAAGUGCAUGAGCUGAUGUUGGAAGUUGGGGAAAAUGUAUCAGAAAUUAUGAAAAAAAAACAAAAAGAGUGGUUGUCUGGUAAAGUGGACGAGUACAUCGAAGAGAAACAGUGGGUCAAAUGUUUUGAUGUUGUUGGAGACUUCAUUCAUCAGGGGGAGGGAGAACCUUCCACCAGGAAACCACCAGGAAACCAGGAUCAAACAAAUCAUGAGGACAUAGAGAUGACCCCCCAACAGCCUGGGUCUGUCUGA